UAAUACCACUUAUUGUCAAGGUGGUGGAAAACUGUCGUCAUCUUCGCUGCUCAAAUACAUCAAAUUGUAAUUAAGCGGAGCUCAGUUUAGUUUGUAAUUACUUUUUGUGAAACCAAUCAAUAAACUUGUGUUUCGAAGUUAUGAAGCUAUUUGCUUCGAUCUUCACUUUUGGUGCUUUUGUUUUGCUAGCCCGUGCUGAGUUUUUUGAGCAAACGCGUGAGUGGACAUUCCGAAACAACAAAAAUGUAGUCGGGGUCUCUACAAACGAAGUGUACUAUCAAUCCUUUAACUGGGACGUUCUCUCAGACGCGAGGUCCGAUUUCUACAACAGUCUGCAAAAUGAACUGGGAAACUUGAUCAAUGCCGGCAUCAAUGGCAUUUGGUUCCCCCCUCCGUCGCAGACGGCGGAUAACCAGGGGUAUAUGCCGGGGGAGUGGUACAAUAUUCCAGGGUCUGAUCAAUUGAAGUCAGUGGCUGCGAAUGUAACCCAAAGUGGCCUGAAGGUGAUCAUGGACAUCGUGAUCAACCACAGAAGUGCCCAGCAGGUGGAUGGCUGCAGUGGGCAGUACUCUAUCUUCAACAACCCCGACUGGGGAAACGACAAAGUGGUCAAACACGACUCCCUCUGCAAUGGGGGUUACACUGUGCCAGACAACUGCGGACCAGGCAAUUACGACACAGGGGAGAACACUUGCUACUGCCCGGAUGUGGACCACACCAAUGGACAAGUGCAGAACGACAUCAUCAACUGGCUCAACUGGCUACAAGCCAACUACUCCGUCACCGCAUACAGAUUUGACUUUGUGAAGGGGUACAGUGGCUACUACGUGAACAAGUACAUCUCGGCCACAUCCCCUGUUUUCUCGGUGGGGGAGUGUUUCGACGGGGACACGGGGGUGGUGGACAACUGGAUCCAGAGUGCCUCCUACUCCUCCACUGCAUUCGACUUCCCCAACCGAUACUACCUCAAGGACGCCAUCAACAACAACAAUUAUGGCGGCAUGGAGCAGGGUCUCAACCCAGCAGGUGUGAUUGGGGUGUACCCUGGACUAGCCUGUCCCUUCCUGGACAACCACGACACCUCCAGGGACGACAGAUUCUGCGGGGGAGACCAGAAUAAACUCAUACAGGGGUACGCCUAUAUCCUCACCCAUCCUGGAAUCCCCUUCGUCUUUCAUGACGACUGGUUCAUGAACCCAGUGCAACAGGCCAUAAAGACCAUGAUCAGCAUCCGCAAGAACCACCAACUGAGCUCAACUAUGGACAUCUACAUCGAUAGACACGAAGGAGGUCUCUAUGCUGCCUAUAUGGGACCAGGAGCUACCCAAGUUGGAGGCGGCACGGUGGCAAUGAAGUUGGGAACUAACAACUGGAGUCCCUCCGGAUCCAGUUGGACUCUGAUGACCUCCGGAACUAACUACGCAAUCUGGGCCAGAUAGACGCCAAGUUUAGAUCCAAGACUCCAAGACGUUAUGAGCCAUAGAGAAAAACUAAGAGAUAGAUUAUUAACAAAAUAUUAACUGUGAGUU